CUAACCUCUAGGUUCUGAUUUCCUUGUGAAACACAAACACUUGCUCUUAAGUAAGGUCCCAGCUGUGGUCCUUCUGGGAUCCUUUUCAAUAAAUGCUGCUGAAGAACCUGUGAGGGGUAGGGGAGAAAGGAGCCGAGAGGAGGGGGCUGCAAAAGACGAGGAGAGGAGGGGAGGAGAUAAGAAUAAGACUCUUCUUUCUUUCCUCCUCUCCUAUUUCUAUUCCGAGUUGAAAGUCCACCCCGAACCUCCUGGUUUUUAUCUCAUGAAUACUGAUUCCCUUCCGUGGAGCGACAGCCUGCCAUAGUCUCUGGCUGUUGAGCUCUUCACCCUUCUCACACCCUCCCUUGCUUCCUCCCUCCAGUCCCUGUCCCUGACUCAGGGGCGUGUCUUUCCUUCUCUCCCCUCCCUUCUAUUCCCCCCUCCCCGCCAGCCAUCCAGGCAUCAGUUCCCUUACAGCUUUCACCGUGGUCCACUCAUCGAUUUCGGCAAGAGCAAAAACAGAAGCAAGGACAGCAGCAGCAGCAGCUAACUAGCUAACUCCGCACUUUCCCCCCCUUUUUAAAAAAGAUUAGAAACAAACAGCACUUGCGGCAACAGCACGAUUCUGGGCACCUGUGAGUCCAGUGCUCAGAGCACAGUGGAAGAAGGACUAACGGGGGAACCUAUGCGACCCACCCUUUGAGCUGGAGGAAGGCGAGGAAAUCUGCCUGCUGGGAUUCCUCUGCUCCACAUGACCCACGAGCUGGCAAAGGAGGGUCUUGCUUGAGUUCAUGGUGUUUGAUUGGGGUAGAAUAUGGGGAGGCAAAGAGUUGACUGGCAGUAGGUAAAAAUUUGUGCUCAGGUGUUUGGAGAGGUGUCUGCAAUCAUAGCUGGGACAAUGUCAGCUCCUUGCCUGGACUUUGGGGAGGUGGAAAGUUUCCUGGACAGGCACCCAGAGCUCUUUGAAGACUAUUUGAUGAGGAAGGGGAGGCAGGAGCUGGUGCAGAAGUGGUUGAAGAAGAAUGAGCAAAACCAGAGGGUCUCAGCCCCAGGACACUUUCCUUCAGAGGCCAGGACCCCAGAUAGUAGUGCUGCUGCUGGUAGUUGUAGUGUCACUGUCCAGCAGGGGUCUUCGAACAGUCAGCCCAUUCCAGGAGUGGGAGAUGGUGGCAAUGUCCCCAUGAGUCCCAACUGGGCCGGAAGCCGUGGUGAUGGGGGCCUACAGCGGAGGGCUUCUCAGAAAGAAUUGAGAAAGAGCUUUGCCAGGUCCAAAGCCAUCCACGUGAAUAGGACUUAUGAUGAGCAAGUCACAUCCAGGGCCCAAGAACCACUGAGUAGUGUGAGGCGGAGGGCCCUGCUCCGAAAAGCUAGUUCUCUGCCUCCAACUACUGCCCACAUUCUCAGUGCCCUACUGGAGUCUCGGGUCAACUUACCCCAAUAUCCCCCAACAGCCAUUGACUACAAGUGCCACCUCAAGCAGCACAAUGAACGACAAUUCUUCCUGGAGCUGGUCAAGGAGAUUUCCAAUGACCUGGAUCUCACCAGUCUCAGCUACAAAAUCCUCAUCUUUGUCUGCCUUAUGGUGGAUGCCGACCGAUGCUCCCUGUUCUUGGUGGAGGGGACAGCCUCAGGCAAGAAAAGCCUGGUCUCUAAAUUCUUUGAUGUACAUGCUGGGACCCCAUUUCUUCCUUGUAGCAGCACUGAGAACUCUAAUGAAGUGCAGGUGCCUUGGGGAAAAGGCAUCAUUGGCUAUGUUGGGGAGCAUGGGGAGACAGUCAACAUUCCUGAUGCUUACAAGGACCGAAGAUUCAAUGAUGAAAUCGACAAGCUGACCGGAUACAAGACAAAGUCUCUGUUGUGUAUGCCAAUCAGAAACAGCGAUGGGGAGAUCAUUGGUGUUGCACAAGCAAUAAACAAAACUCCUGAAGGUGUUCCCUUCACUGAUGAUGAUGAAAAAGUUAUGCAGAUGUAUCUCCCAUUUUGUGGGAUUGCCAUAGCUAAUGCUCAACUGUUUGCUGCCUCAAGGAAGGAGUAUGACAGAAGCAGGGCUCUGCUUGAGGUGGUUAAUGACCUUUUUGAAGAACAAACUGACCUGGAGAAAAUUGUUAAGAAAAUCAUGCACCGGGCCCAGACGUUGUUAAAAUGUGAACGCUGUUCAGUUUUGCUCCUAGAGGACAUUGAAUCACCAGUGGUAAAGUUUACCAAAUCCUUUGAAUUGAUGUCUCCCAAGUGCAGUGCUGAUGCAGAGAACAGUUUCAAAGACAGCAUGGAGAAAUCCUCCUAUUCAGACUGGCUCAUCAAUAAUAGCAUUGCUGAGCUGGUAGCUUCCACCGGCCUUCCAGUGAACAUUACUGAUGCUUAUCAAGAUCCUCGCUUGGAUGCAGAAGCUGAUCAGAUAUCUGGUUUUCAUAUAAGAUCUGUGCUCUGUGUCCCUAUUUGGAACAGCAAUCACCAAAUAAUUGGAGUUGCUCAAGUCUUAAAUAGACUGGAUGGGAAACCUUUUGAUGAUGCUGAUCAACGACUUUUUGAGGCCUUUGUCAUUUUUUGUGGCCUUGGGAUCAACAACACAAUAAUGUAUGAUCAAGUAAAGAAGUCCUGGGCCAAGCAAUCUGUUGCUCUUGAUGUGCUGUCUUAUCAUGCAACAUGUUCAAAAGCCGAAGUGGACAAAUUUAAGGCAGCCAACAUCCCUCUGGUCUCAGAGCUUGCCAUUGGUGACAUACAUUUUGAUGACUUUUCCCUUGACGUUGAUGCCAUGAUCACUGCAGCUCUGCGGAUGUUCAUGGAGCUGGGGAUGGUGCAGAAAUUUAAAAUUGACUAUGAGACACUAUGUAGGUGGCUUUUGACAGUAAGAAAGAAUUAUCGAAUGGUACUGUAUCACAACUGGAGACAUGCUUUCAAUGUGUGCCAGCUGAUGUUUGCAAUGCUAACUACGGCUGGGUUUCAGGAGAUUUUGACUGAGGUGGAAAUUUUAGCCGUGAUUGUGGGCUGCCUAUGUCAUGACCUCGACCACAGGGGAACCAACAAUGCCUUCCAAGCUAAGAGUGGAUCUGCUUUGGCCCAGCUUUAUGGAACUUCUGCUACCUUGGAGCACCAUCACUUUAACCAUGCUGUGAUGAUUCUACAAAGUGAGGGUCACAACAUCUUUGCUAAUUUAUCUUCCAAGGAAUACAGUGAUCUCAUGCAGCUUUUGAAGCAGUCCAUACUAGCAACAGACAUAAUUCUAUAUUUUGAGAGGAGAACUGAAUUCUUUGAACUUGUCAGUAAAGGGGAUUACAACUGGAAUGUCAAAACCCAGCGUGAUAUAUUUCGAUCAAUGCUAAUGACAGCCUGUGACCUUGGAGCUGUGACCAAACCGUGGGAGAUCUCAAGACAGGUGGCUGAACUGGUAACCAGUGAGUUCUUUGAACAAGGAGACAGAGAAAGAGCUGAACUCAAACUCACCCCUUCGGCUAUUUUUGAUCGAAACCGAAAAGAUGAACUGCCUCGGUUACAAUUGGAAUGGAUUGAUAGCAUCUGCAUGCCUCUGUAUCAGGCCUUAGUAAAAGUAAAUGUGAAAUUGAAGCCCAUGUUGGAUUCUAUUGCUGUGAAUAGAAGUAAAUGGGAAGAGCUGCACCAGAAAAUGUUGCUUUCUCAGAUACCUUCUCCACCUUCCUCUUCCAGCCUCAUUGUGUCAGUGGAAGAUAUCAGUUAAGGCUACCUCUAUAGGUUGCCACUGCAAACUGUCUCUCAAAAGGCUCUCUUUGGCUUUGCUGCAAUUUUUUUUAAAGCUGCCACAGACAAGCUUGGGGCACUGGAGUUGAUCCCAUUAACCAGGAAAUGGCUUUCACCUUUGGGUUUAGUCAUUCUGAACAGCAAGUGGAUCUGGAAUAAUACAGGAAGAUAUGAGGCACAGAGAAUGCUGUGGAUGAGAGGGUCAUCUUUCCACUGCUGCUGUAUAGAAAAUAUCCAUAUCACAGCAUCUGGGACAGAAAAAAUUGUCUCUGACCCAAAGCAAUGAUUGGAACACAGGUGGGUUGGUCAGUAUUCACACAAGAAGCUAAGGGAGUGCAGAAUUAUGAUGUUGUUUAUACAUGCCCCUAUUUGUUACAAGCUAAAUACUGCCUGCUUUUCUGUUCUUUGCUUGCUUUUGCUAUUUUCCUUUUUAUGCCAGGAUGUACCAGGGACCUUCCUUUGUAUUCUACAAAAUUUUUUUUUUAAACAAUGAAGCUUCUUUGUGAUUGUUUAGGGCUUUUAGAAUACUUUAUCUUGGAUACUCUUUAAAAAAGAAUGUUACCUUUAAAACCUUCGACUUGUGCCAGUUAACCCCGGAAGAAGUCCACAAUGAGAAUGCAGUAAAUUUGUUUGGCCAAUGUAAGUUUAUAUAAAAGUAAUAACACAGAAUGGGGAUUGUGGGCCCUGCAUUCUGAGCUGCCCUAUUCAAUAUUCACAGUGGAAUGUGCCUCCUCCCAGGAGAAAAGGAUUAACGGACUUUAAUUAAAGUAUGAAUGGAAAAGAAAUCUAUAGCUCUGAAGUUCACAAUCUGAAUUUAGCAUAAAUGGGUCAUGUUCUUUUUGGAAUUGUUUUCUCAGGAGAGAGAGGAAUUUCACAGGAAAUAGAAUAGGCCUUAUGUACCAUCCGACCAGGGCAAUGACUACAUGGAGUUUUCUAAUCAAUGGUUUUGUUUUGUCCUAGUAUAUCACAGAGGACUAACACACAAAAGUCUGGGCUGCAAGUAUACAUUUAACAAGAAAAAAUGAAGCCUGUUCAGUUUGACUCUGCCACCUUUGUAAGCUCCUAAAAUUCACCUUGUCUUCAAAACAUCUAGCUAUUUUGCAUGAGCUUUAAAAUUGAACUUCUGAAUUGAUUAUUAUAACAGUGUUAAGGCAGCUGGGUGUUUUGUCCAUGGAACAAAGAAAGGAAUCAUGGAGGCUUGAGAAUCAUGAGACACAAUGAAGUAUAAUGGAAAGAACACUGCUUCUGAAGUCAGGAGGCUCAGUUUCAAAUCCACCUUCUGAUAUUACAUAUAAGAACAUGAACAAGUCAUUAAGCUUACCCUGGCUUCAGUUUCCUCAUCUAUUAAAAAUGAAGGGUUUUUAACCAGCCAGCCUCUAUUUCCUGUGUAAAUCUUAGAGAAUUCAAUUUCUGAGGGUUCAACUUUCCUCAUAUGUAAAAACACAGAGUUUUAUGCUAGUUUAGGUUAUUUUCAGUUCCAAAUCUAUGAUCUUAGACAUGAAUUCUAGUCCUAGAUGAGCAAUGCAUUUUUGGGCAACUCAUCUGAGCUCUGGAUCUCAGUUUCUUCAUCUGGAAAAUGAGAGGGUAGAGCUGGCUUAAAUCCUAUCGGGUUUUUACAAUUUUAUUUAUGCCCAUCUUCACCUUUACUGAUCAAUACCACCUCUGUUUUACAUUUUCAGAAUAUCGCAGGACAUAAAAGAUAAGAUUUAAGGGAAGAGGGCAGAUAGUGGAGGAACUGGGUAAUACUCCCAAUGUAGCCAGAAAUUAAUUAAGGGGAGGCAGGACCAUAUGAAGAGGCAAAUAAACAAAUUAUCUGUGUAGACCAGAAGUGAAGAAACAGGCUAUGUAACAAAAGCCAAAGAGCAGCUCACAUUUACACUUUUACUUUUAAGUAUUGUAAAGCCUUUCCUCACAACACUGAGUGCCAAGUAUCACUAUCUGGAUUCUGCAGACAUGGGAAAUGAGGCUUGGAAAAGGAUGGGCUCCCAGAUUGUGAUUUGAAAUCUGGGGCUCUUUCCAUUAAUCCACAAGAAAAAAAAGGGUGGGGGGAAGGUGAGGAGCAUUAAGGCAGUGAAAAGAAAAAGAAAAGGAAUGUCUGCCCUAAGACUGAAGGAGAGGCUGUGUUAUCAGAAAGCUCAGAACAAGAGAAAGGUUUAGAAAGGGAGAGGCUGUGUAGAGGAGAAAUGGAAAACCUUAAAAAAAAAAAUGCUCCUGACUACCCUUUACAACUUCCUCAGCAGGGAAGGAUAGAGAAACUAUAGGAGAAAAUGAGUGUAAAAAGAUGCCUCAAUAGAGCAGGUAAGAGGAGGUCGUUCAGAUUUAUGGGCUUUAUUACGCCCAUUUUCUGAACUGCCACCCUGUAAAGGAAAAUGGCUUCUUGCAGGGCUGCCUUACUUCCUCCAGGUGAGGAACAAAGGUGGGUGGGGUUAGAAACAGCUACUCCUAUCUCAGCUUUCAAAGUUGCUGCAAGUGUUUAUGGGUAUUGAGCUACAUCAUGUUUACAUCACAAAAGGGAAUUGAAAAACACUCCACAUGAAGCAGAGACAAACCCACAUCUCUUUUCUUCAACCACUACAAAUAAUAGCCCAAAAAGACUCAUGCAAGUCUAUCUAAAGCAAAUUUAUAUAAGAUGUAUUUUAUGGUCAAAGGAUAAAAAAAAAAUAAAAGAUCCAUAGUUUGAUUUGAUACUGCAGGUAGGCAGUUCUGUGUACUGUAGCUCUCCUGAACACUGAUGCUGCAUAUUGCUAAGUGUAACAUAAUUUAUAGGAUAAACCCUACAGCCUCCACCAAGGUUGAGUUUUUCCUCUCAUUUCCUUUCCUUUUUAUUGGCUUCACUGCACGGUUGCCAAUAGCAACAUCCGCUGGUAGCAAGGGGAGUUCAACACCAUUGCAACCUGCCAUACAGUGGAGCCCUAACAAUGUCAACCAUCAAUCAUGUAGCUGUUUGUAAUUGCCUCCAUCUAUUUCUCCUGUCUUGAGGUAUCUCUCUUAUUGUGGGUCAAAAUUCAGAAACUGCUGACUAAUGCCAUGAGUCUGUUCCUUCGUGGCCAUAAAGCAGUGGAAAUGGAGUGUGGCAGGCUCCCCAACCUCAGUGACCCAGGAUUAAAUGUUGAAAUCUUGAAGUGUGUGAUAGAAAGGGGGAAAAAAUUCAUAAUGGUCUUAAGGUUUUUGAAAGAUUUCCCUUUGUGAUUCUUAAUUUUAAAAUAAAAUUAAAGAGGUAGUUCUUUAGUAAUCUUUUAAAAUGUAGGAGAUUAUAGAGAUGAAUUGUUUUCUUGAUGUUCUUUUUUUGUACUUUAGUCAUUUUCACAAUUGACAUCACCAGCUACUCACUGAACCUUCCCCAGUAACAAAGAAAAACACUUUAGUGAAACCAACUGUCACUAUGUCUUGACAGUAUAUACAACAUUACCUAUCCAUAGCCCCCUAUCUCUCCAAGGAAAAGAAAGAGGUUACAUUUCUUCAGCAACAAUUAGUCAUUAUAGUUAAUGUUACUACAACCCUUUAGUCUUAUUUGCUAUUCUUGAGAGAAUUUCCAACUUGUGCUUUCCUAGGAUAUGUCUGCUUCUAGGUCAGAAUUUGUUUGAUUACUAUGAAAAGGAUCACAAUUUCUGUUCUCUGGAUGUGAGAACAUCCAAAUAACUCCAUCUUCCUUUCUCUAAAGAAUAAUUUAUCAUAUUAGACACUGGUGGUUUGGCUGCCCAUUUUAACCUGAGACUGUCAGUUAUGUUGUAAUAGGAACUGUACCACAUGAUAGAAGAGAGACUAGACUGGCAAUAAGAAAAAAAAAAGGGGGGGAGGGUAUUCUAAUCUGGCUCUGGCUCUAGUAGAUGAAUAAUGCUGGGCAUUUCCUUAAUUUCUACUUUCCCCAGUUUUUUCCUCUAUAAAAUAGCAGGAUUAGAUGAAAUUAUCUUGAAGGUCCCUUCUGACUUUUACAAUUCAUGAUUCUAGGUCAUUUAUACCAACUCCAAGAGUAAGAUGAUCUUUUUCAUUGUACUUCAUAACAACCAUCACGUCUGUUACUCAUUUGUUGAAAAUGACAUUUUGAAAUAAUAUCAUGACAAGCUUAAAAAGGGUUAUCAUUACAUGGCACUUGGGUUAAGUAUUAACAGUUUUAUCAUUUUCAUAUCUCUGAACACAUUUCUAUUAACCACAAAAGGCACUUCAAUUUGGAAUCAAAAUGAGAAAAUAGUUGCCACUUAUUCCAUAUGGUAUUUUUGUUAAAAUUUAGCAGGUGAAUUUAGAAAGUAAAUCAAAGGUAGCCUCAAUUAUUUUCCUCGUAUGAAAAUUUUAAGAAUGUUCAUGUAUUUGGGGUAUAAUGUCUCUGCAAAGAAAACUGUCAAGUUUAAAGCAAUUUAAAAUAUAAAAUGUUAAUUUUUGUUGCUGUUACUUGGCAUUUGAUAGUAAAUACCAAGGAAACAUUAAAUAUUUUCUUUUUCAUUCAAAGCAUUAUGUUUAUCAUAUUUUUAAAAUGUUCUUCCCUUAGUACAAUGAAUAAAAAGUCAACAAUUUCACUUUAGGGUACAAUUAAUUUAAAAUCUAUUGCCUUGUCUGAUUUUAUGGAUCGCAGAUUAUCAACAGAAUGGGACAAUUUCUUGAAAGCAGAAUAAAAAUCUUGUCACAACAUGGAAAGUUUAAAUUUAAAGAAAAAUGUUUUCAUUGAAAACAAUUUUUAAAGGUUUCAUUUUAUUAAAAUAUAAUUGAGAACCUGCUAUCAUCACUGUAGUGAAAGCUAUACUCUGCUUCAAAAUACCAGCUCUGGAAGAACACAAUAUCAUGUUCUGCCAUAUGCAAUAAAGAGCUCCCCAAAGCAGAAUGUCUUAGGAAAUAGAAAGUAUAUGAUAAUACAAUUUGACUACAAGAAGACAGAGAUUCCACAAACUUCCUACGUGGGCUGUAAUUGAAUGAAACAACCUCCAGCAGAAAUAAAAUUGGCAGAAGCAAAAGAAUCUGGAAAAUUUCAUGAAAAACAAUUUAAUUUAACAGUACCUAAUGACAAGCUUACAUCGUUGAAACACCAAUCUCUUUUUCUCAGCUGGUUAUUUUGGACACCUUUUCCAAUUUACUUUCUAAUGAACUUGCAUGUUUAGCAUUGCUUCUUGAAGGAGUGUGGAAAAUCGUGUAAUUUGUCUCUUUUGGUAGGUAGAUGUCUUCAGACACAUGCCCUCCUACAUAGGUGAUAUAUUUGCUUUCUUAAGUAAAUGGACUUAAAUGCCAUGAAAUUGUUAUUUAGGAUGGUCAUUUAACUUUGUGUUCAUUUCCUGUGUAAACUUUAAAUCCACAAACCUUGCUUUGCUGUCAAAUAAUUUGGAUCCAACUGGAUCCCACCAAUCUCCCUUUCAAACAAAACAAAACACGGCAUGUCUCAGAAAGAACAUAAUAGUCUUUGGUCUCAUCCCCAAUGAGUAUAUAAACAUCUCUUUUGCCAUUUUCUUCUCUUUGGAAAUACUUUGAAGAAUUCCUACUGAUUGACUUCAUAAUUAUUAUUGUUUUGCACAAAAGGAAGAAAAAAAGUCUAUUUGAAUCAUUUGAAUUCCUUCCCUUUAUAUGAUUUUCUAGGGUUGAUGUGUAAUCAUUAUACAAUCUUAAUGACUUUUGGAAACAAACUGCUUUGUGAGACAAAAACAAAACAAAACCUUUGGUUUUUAAUAAAAUGCUUAAGAUCGCCAGUGACGAGUGUUUAUCUCUCGGCAAGCAGGGUGAUUUGAUUUAGGGGUUGCAGUGGAAAGCAGGCUGCAGACUCCCAACACAGACUGCAGCUCUCCUUCGUCUUAGUGGGCAGUCUAUUAACCAGCAUCCUCCUGCUCAGCUCUCUGCUUGACUACCUGAUAAGGGUACAGUGAGAGUUAAAGUCACUGGAGCAAUUUCAAGAUGACAAAAGCACUGCUCCUCAUCUUUGAGAAGUUUUCCGGAGGUGGAAGAGGCUCCAGCUUAAUGCUAGGUUAUGGUGGCCUUAUUAUAAAUUGCUCAAAUUUGCAUGGGCAAUUACACAAGAGCCCCGCAUCACUGCAGCAGCCGCCAGCCGCCCUGACAGCCACGCAAUUACACAAUGGCUCCGGUGCUUAAACUUUAAAAUUCUUGCACCAUUGUGCCUGUUCUAUUAGAACAAACUGCAGCAAAUGAUCCAGAGACAAUCCAAAUGACUGGAAAGAGGAGGUGCCCAGCAGGAGAAAAGGAAUGAGGUAGAGUAGGGCUCACCACUGACCAGAUCAAGGCAAGCUGCAUCAGGCUCGGCCUGAGCUCAGGCAAUUCACCCGACCCGAGUUUAAAAGUAGAGAUAACAAUAUUUAUCGCCUACCUAACUCACAGAGGUCUUAUGAGGAUUAAUGAGGCAAUAUGGGCAAAGCAGUCCGAACUCUUUGGAGGGAAAUGCUACAUAAAUAAAGUGUCUUGA